AUGGCGACCCUUUGCACCCUCUCGAUACUGUAAGUUGAUGCAAGUACAUUUGUUUGAUUUUCUUUUUAGUUUCUUAAUUCAAAUAGCAUCAUCACAUUUAUUUGUGGAUAUAUCAUUUUCCAAAAGGACCCCGGGAUGCAUAAAUCUCUCUUGUCCGGACCCAUCCCUCAAUUUGACUAUUGUUGGCCGCAAGGAAUCCACUUCGUAUCAACUAUCUCUGGAAAAUGGAUCUAGAAAUCAGAUCCCUAUCAUGGAUAAAGAGGUUUCUUUUAAUUCUUUCAUCAAUUCUCCUGAUCCAAGAUUCAAGUCUUUACUCCGAGUUUGUGAUCAAGCAGUCAUUGUAAGUUCGUAAUUUUGUUCCGAAUAAAGUUUUUCUAGGGGAAUCUUACCAACGAAAGUUCCGUUUUUAACAUUACGCAAUGUUAUGAGAUGAAGAUGAAAAUUGUCUCAGCAGACGGGAUGGUAAGUAUUAUGUUAAAUACGGGAUGUUAGGACAUUAAAUACUAUCUUUUGGGUUGUUCCAAGCUUAUGUACUAAAUUACAUUUUUUCAGAAUGUGAAUCUUCUGCUGGAAUGGUGGAUUCUGAUCCCAACAUUGGUUUCCUUGACUUUGCUGAUCUUGGCCUUGAUUGGAGUUUGGAUCCAAAGGAGAAGGGCGAAGUCUUUCAGGGUUCUCUUUGAAGAACAUCUCAUUCAGACCGCGUCCAGUCAACACAAUGCUGCCAUUCUAAAUUCGUAAAUUAAUUUUAUUAUUAUUUAACAGCCUUGCCGUAUUAUAGUCAUUGAAUUUUUUACCGUAUUUUUUUUACUGAAGUUAUUGUGCUGAUCUCAUUUUAUAUCGAUUAAACCUUUAAUUCAAAUACAGGGUGGCACAAAAAUGCAAACUUUUUUCAUGUGUACUAUUAAAAAAGUACUGCCGCGAAAACCUUUAGGUGUUAGCCAAAUGAUUUCUCAAGUGUUAAAUUCUCCGUGUUUUUCUGUCCUAGCGUUUGAUUUUCAUGCCCAUAUCGAAUUAAGUUUCGAGGUAUAUAAAUGUCUUGAAUAGUUAUAUAAAGUCAACCUGUCUUUUUUAGAGGUCCAGAAACCAUUUUUUGAAAACAAAAUCCCAUAACUUUCGAAACGGUGGGUGGAUUCAAAUGAAAUUUUUCAGAUUCGUCUACUUCAGCAGAGAUUGCUCCGGCUCCCGAGCCCAAAGUCGGAGCCAGGCUUCUCAGCGUUUAGAAAAGUAA